GCCUCUCAACCCUGCUUUCAUUCCUUCCCUGUCUCCCCCAGGGUCACACUCCAGGACCUCCCCGAGGUCCCCAGUUGCAGCGACAGCGCUUGCUCUGGAGUGGAAGCUGCUGGAAGCAGGCAGCCGCCAUGGCCACGUUCCGGCAGGAGGAUGUGGAAGACCACUAUGAUAUGGGGGAGGAGCUGGGCAGCGGCCAGUUCGCCAUCGUGCGCAAGUGCCGGCAGAAGGGCACAGGCAAGGAGUACGCGGCCAAGUUCAUCAAGAAGCGCCGCCUGUCGUCCAGCCGGCGGGGCGUGAGCCGCGAGGAGAUCGAGCGCGAGGUGAGCAUCCUGCGCGAGAUCCGGCACCCCAACAUCAUCACGCUACACGACAUCUUCGAGAACAAGACGGACGUGGUGCUCAUCCUGGAGCUGGUGUCGGGCGGCGAGCUCUUCGACUUCCUGGCGGAGAAGGAGUCGCUCACGGAGGACGAGGCCACGCAGUUCCUCAAGCAGAUCCUGGACGGCGUGCACUACCUGCACUCCAAGCGCAUCGCGCACUUCGACCUCAAGCCCGAGAACAUCAUGCUCCUGGACAAGAACGUGCCCAACCCUCGGAUCAAGCUCAUCGACUUCGGCAUCGCCCACAAAAUCGAGGCGGGGAACGAGUUCAAGAACAUUUUCGGCACCCCGGAGUUCGUGGCCCCUGAGAUCGUCAACUACGAGCCGCUGGGCCUGGAGGCUGACAUGUGGAGCAUCGGCGUCAUCACCUACAUCCUCUUGAGCGGCGCGUCCCCGUUCCUGGGCGAGACCAAGCAGGAGACGCUGACCAACAUCUCGGCUGUGAACUACGACUUCGACGAGGAGUACUUCAGCAGCACCAGCGAGCUGGCCAAGGACUUCAUCCGCCGGCUGCUCGUCAAGGACCCCAAGAGGAGGAUGACCAUCGCCCAGAGCCUGGAGCACUCCUGGAUCAAGGUGAGGCGCCGAGGCUGCCCGGGGUCGCCUGCCCACC